AUGCCCUUCCUACGCGGGGCUCGUCCAUCUCAAGCCGGGCAGGCGUCUGGCCGUCACACUGGCCACCCGGCACACGUGAUGACCCUCAUCGAAGGUUUCGUGCUGCUCUUCCGGCUGGGCCGCCUCAUCCUCGCAGUGCACGUCAUUCCUCAGGCCGUGGUUCACCCCCAGGCUCCUGCGCGCUCUGCAACCCUGUUUCCUGUUCGCAGGUGCUGCGCUGACCUCAGCUUCAGCUGCUGCCUGCCGGAACGGCGUCUUUCAUGA